CGAGGAGCUGGACUCGGCUCCCCACCCCCUACCUGGGGGACCGCAGGUGCAGCGGCCAUGGCCAUGGCAGGACCUCCCCGCAAGUGGCUGGUCAGUGUGCUGCUCACAGCCCUGACUCUGGGGGUCGCAGGUAAUGGGGGCCCCGUCUGCGCGGGCCAGCGGCGGGUGAGAGUCUUCCGAAUCCGCCUGGGCCACCUUUCCCAGUCUCCCGUCUACGAAUCCGGGCAGCAGCUGUUCACCGGGAUCAAGUCCAUCCCCCACCCCGGCUACUCCCACCCGGGCCACUCCAAUGACCUCAUGCUCAUCAAACUCAGCCGAAGAAUCCGCGAGAGCCAGACGGUCAAGACCAUCCGCAUCUCCACCCGCUGCCCGUCUGCGGGGGCCAGCUGCAUGGUCUCCGGCUGGGGGACCACCAGCAGCCCCCAGGUUAACUUCCCGAAGGUCCUGCAGUGCCUGAACAUCACCGUGCUGAGCCAGCAGAGGUGCGCGGCCGCGUACCCGGGGCAGAUAGACGCCACCAUGUUCUGUGCGGGGGACCAGGACGGCCGAGACUCCUGCCAGGGCGACUCCGGGGGGCCCGUGGUCUGCAACAACUCCCUCCAGGGCCUUGUGUCCUGGGGGGAUUUUCCCUGCGCCAAGCCCAACAGACCCGGCGUCUACACCAACCUCUGCCGGUUCAACAAGUGGAUCCAGGACACCAUCCGGUCCAACUGAUGAGUCACCCCGACACCUCCCCGCUUCCCUGCGCCCCCACACCCACACUGCUCCGGGGGCCCAGUCCUCCAGUUCUUUCCCCAAUAUGGGAGGACGUGCGUCUUCGCCUCCCCAGCGCCCUGGGGUCCCCUGGAAUCAGGACCCCCUUUUCCACCGUGGACUGCUCCUGCCUCUCUGGAUGGACCCUGGAGAACGACCAGGAUGGGCUGCGACCUAGGUCCCCCCAGUGCUUCCUUCCACGGCCCCCCUUUCUCUGCUGUGGCCCAGACAUGGCCCCAGAAAUAAAGAGUCUGAGA